UUUCAGGUGUUUAGUGGUUGCAAGGCCACUUAAUCAAGAUGCAAUUCAAAGUGCAUCCUAAAUCCAAUCAGUUAAGUUGAAGAGCCGAAUUAAUAUAUUAUUUGUUUUUUAUGUUUAAUGAAGCAAAUUAAUUGUUUUACACGUAGAUUCAAGUUAUAUGACAAACGGGUAUUUGGAAACUACCAUAGACUGGGUACCAGGCAUAAAAGAAAUUCGAUUAAAGGAUAUCCCAAGCUUCAUGAGAACAACAGACCCAAAUGAUCUUAUGCUUGAUGUUUUGUCCGUAUGUUGUCAGAGAUCUCAAAAAGCUUCUGCAAUAAUUUUGAACACGUUUGAUGCCAUAGAGCACAAUUCUAGAAGCAUUUUUAUCGACUAACUUACCUCCAGUCUAUUCCGUUGGUCCCUUAAAUUUUCUCUUAAAAGAUGUCACUGAUAACGAAUUGGACACAAUUGGUUCCAAUCUUUGGAAAGAGGAGACGAAGUGUUUGGAAUGGCUCGAAAGCAAAGAACCCAACAAUGUUGUUUAUGUCAAUUUUGGAAGCAUCACUGUUAUGACAAGUGAACAAAUGAUCGAGUUUGCUUGGGGAUUAGCUAAUAGUAAAAUACCCUUUUUGUGGGUCAUAAGGUCAGAUCUUGUAGCAGGUGAAAAAGCUGUUCUGCCUCUAGAGUUUUUGGAAGAGACAAAAGAUAGAGGUUUAUUGUCAAGUUGGUGUCCACAAGAGGAAGUGUUGGGUCAUCCAUCAAUUGGGGGUUCUUUGACACAUAAUGGUUGGAAUUCAACGUUGGAAAGUGUGUGCGGGGGUGUUCCAAUGAUAUGUUGGCCUUUCUUUGCAGAACAACAAACUAAUUGUCGAUUUUGUUGUAAUGAAUGGGGGAUUGGUUUGGAAAUUGAAGAUGCUAAGAGAGAUAAGAUAGAGGGACUUGUGAGGGAGUUGAUGGAUGGUGAAGAGGGUAAAGAUAUGAAAGAAAAAGCUAUGCAAUGGAAGAAAUUGGCACAAAUUGCUGCUUUAGGACCACAUGGAUCAUCAUUUGUGAAUCUUGAGAAUCUAAUUCACCGUGUUCUCUUGUGAGAGAAGUUCAAAUUUGCCCCCACUUGUGGUUUGUGUGCAUCUUCAUAAGGAGAAAGUGUUUUCUAGUCGCACAAUAUUUAAAUACACAUAAAAAAAU